GGCCCCGGACCGGCGCUGAGACCCGCAGCCGGAGCUCGAGGCGGCGGUGGGCCCGGGCGGAGCUCCGCCCGGAGCCCGCGGUUCGGGGGCGGCGCUAGGCCCUGAGGCGGCCGGGCCGGAGCGCGGGGAGCGAGAGUGCGGGCCCGGCGGCGGCAUGAGCCGGCCCCCGCCGACGGGGAAAAUGCCCGGCGCCCCCGAGGACGUGCCGGGGGACGGGGCGGGCGCGAGCCGCCAGAGGAAGCUGGAGGCGCUGAUCCGGGACCCGCGCUCGCCCAUCAACGUGGAGAGCUUGCUGGAUGGCUUAAAUUCCUUGGUCCUUGAUUUGGAUUUUCCUGCUUUGAGGAAAAACAAGAAUAUAGAUAAUUUCUUAAAUAGAUAUGAGAAAAUUGUGAAAAAAAUCAGAGGUUUGCAAAUGAAGGCAGAAGACUACGAGGUUGUAAAAGUUAUUGGAAGAGGUGCUUUUGGCGAAGUCCAGUUGGUUCGUCAUAAAGCAUCACAGAAGGUUUAUGCUAUGAAGCUUCUUAGUAAGUUUGAAAUGAUAAAAAGAUCAGAUUCUGCUUUUUUCUGGGAAGAAAGAGAUAUUAUGGCCUUUGCCAACAGUCCCUGGGUGGUUCAGCUCUUUUGUGCCUUUCAAGAUGAUAAGUAUCUGUACAUGGUAAUGGAGUACAUGCCUGGUGGAGACCUUGUAAACCUUAUGAGUAACUAUGAUGUACCUGAAAAAUGGGCCAAAUUUUAUACUGCUGAAGUUGUUCUCGCUCUGGAUGCCAUACACUCCAUGGGUUUAAUUCACAGAGAUGUAAAGCCUGACAACAUGCUUUUGGAUAAACAUGGACAUCUAAAAUUAGCAGAUUUUGGCACAUGUAUGAAGAUGGAUGAAACAGGCAUGGUGCAUUGUGAUACAGCAGUUGGAACACCUGAUUAUAUAUCACCUGAGGUUCUGAAAUCACAAGGGGGUGAUGGUUACUAUGGGCGAGAAUGUGAUUGGUGGUCUGUGGGUGUUUUCCUUUUUGAAAUGCUGGUGGGGGAUACUCCAUUUUAUGCAGAUUCACUUGUAGGAACAUAUAGCAAAAUUAUGGAUCAUAAAAACUCACUAUGUUUCCCUGAAGAUGCAGAAAUUUCUAAACAUGCAAAGAAUCUCAUCUGCGCCUUCCUAACAGAGAGGGAGGUACGACUUGGGAGAAAUGGGGUAGAAGAAAUCAAACAACAUCCUUUCUUUAAGAAUGAUCAAUGGAAUUGGGAUAACAUAAGAGAGACGGCAGCUCCAGUAGUACCUGAACUCAGCAGUGACAUAGACAGCAGCAAUUUUGAUGACAUUGAAGAUGAUAAAGGAGAUGUAGAAACCUUCCCAAUUCCUAAAGCUUUUGUGGGAAAUCAGCUGCCUUUUAUAGGAUUUACCUACUACAGAGAAAAUUUGUUAUUAAGUGACUUUCCAUCUUGUAGAGAAAAUGAUUCAAUACAAACAAGGAAAAAUGAAGAAAGUCAAGAGAUUCAGAAAAAACUAUACACAUUAGAAGAACACCUUAGCACUGAGAUACAAGCAAAAGAGGAAAUAGAGCAGAAGUGCAGAUCUGUUAAUACUCGCCUAGAGAAAGUAGCAAAGGAGCUAGAAGAAGAGAUUACCUUAAGGAAAAAUGUGGAAUCAACAUUAAGACAAUUAGAAAGAGAAAAGGCGCUUCUUCAGCACAAAAAUGCAGAAUAUCAGCGGAAAGCUGAUCAUGAAGCAGACAAGAAACGAAAUUUGGAAAAUGAUGUUAACAGUUUAAAAGAUCAACUCGAAGAUUUGAAAAAAAGAAAUCAGAACUCUCAAAUAUCCACCGAGAAAGUGAAUCAGCUCCAGAGACAACUGGAUGAAACCAAUGCUUUGCUGCGAACAGAAUCUGAUGCUGCAGCCCGGUUAAGAAAAAGCCAGGCAGAAAGUUCAAAACAGAUUCAGCAGUUGGAAUCUAACAAUAGAGAUCUACAAGAUAAAAAUUGCCUGUUGGAGACUGCCAAGUUAAAACUUGAAAAGGAAUUUAUCAAUCUUCAGUCGGUUCUAGAAUCUGAAAGGAGGGACCGAACCCAUGGAUCAGAGAUAAUUAAUGAUUUACAAGGUAGAAUAUCUGGCCUAGAAGAAGAUGUAAAGAAUGGCAAAAUCUUAUUAACAAAAGUUGAGAUGGAGAAGAGACAACUUCAGGAGAGAUUCACUGAUUUGGAAAAGGAAAAGAACAACAUGGAGAUAGAUAUGACUUAUCAACUAAAAGUUAUACAGCAGAGCUUAGAACAAGAAGAAGCUGAGCAUAAAACUACAAAAGCACGGUUGGCAGAUAAAAAUAAGAUUUAUGAAUCUAUUGAAGAAGCUAAAUCAGAAGCCAUGAAAGAAAUGGAAAAAAAGCUCUUGGAGGAAAGGACUUUAAAACAGAAAGUGGAGAACCUGUUGCUGGAAGCUGAGAAAAAAUGCUCUAUAUUAGACUGUGACCUGAAACAGUCACAGCAGAAAGUAAAUGAACUCCUUAAACAGAAAGAUGUGCUCAAUGAAGAUGUUAGAAACUUGACAUUAAAAAUAGAGCAGGAAACUCAAAAGCGCUGCCUCACACAAAAUGACUUGAAGAUGCAAACACAGCAAGUUAACACACUAAAAAUGUCAGAAAAGCAGUUAAAACAAGAGAAUAAUCAUCUCAUGGAAAUGAAAAUGAACUUGGAAAAACAGAAUGCUGAACUUCGAAAAGAACGUCAAGAUGCAGAUGGGCAAAUGAAAGAGCUCCAAGAUCAGCUUGAAGCAGAACAGUAUUUCUCAACUCUCUAUAAAACACAGGUUAGGGAACUUAAAGAAGAGUGUGAAGAAAAGACCAAACUUUGUAAAGAAUUACAGCAGAAGAAACAGGAAUUACAGGAUGAAAGGGACUCCUUAGCUGCUCAACUGGAGAUCACCUUGACCAAAGCAGAUUCUGAGCAGCUGGCUCGUUCAAUUGCUGAAGAACAGUAUUCUGAUUUGGAAAAAGAGAAAAUCAUGAAAGAGCUGGAGAUCAAAGAGAUGAUGGCUCGGCAUAAACAGGAACUCAGUGAAAAAGAUGCUACAAUUGCAUCUCUUGAAGAAACUAAUAGGACAUUAACUAGUGAUGUUGCCAAUCUUGCAAAUGAGAAAGAAGAAUUAAAUAACAAAUUGAAAGAUGUCCAAGAACAACUGUCAAGGUUGAAAGAUGAAGAGAUAAGUGCAGCAGCUAUUAAAGCACAAUUUGAGAAGCAGUUAUUAACAGAGAGAACACUCAAAACGCAAGCUGUGAAUAAGUUGGCUGAGAUCAUGAAUCGAAAAGAACCUAUCAAGCGUGGUAGUGACACAGAUGUGCGGAGAAAAGAGAAGGAGAAUAGAAAGCUACAUAUGGAGCUGAAAUCGGAACGUGAAAAAUUGACCCAGCAGAUGAUCAAGUAUCAGAAAGAACUGAAUGAGAUGCAGGCUCAAAUAGCUGAAGAGAGCCAGAUUCGCAUUGAACUGCAGAUGACACUGGACAGUAAAGACAGUGACAUUGAGCAGCUGCGGUCACAGCUCCAGGCCUUACAUAUGGGCAUGGACAGUUCCAGUACAGGCAGUGGACCAGGGGAUGCUGAGGCAGAUGAUGGAUUUCCAGAAUCAAGACUAGAGGGAUGGCUUUCAUUACCUGUGAGAAACAACACUAAGAAGUUUGGAUGGGUUAGAAAGUAUGUGAUCGUAAGCAGUAAGAAGAUUCUUUUCUAUGACAGUGAACAAGAUAAAGAACAUUCUAAUCCAUACAUGGUUUUAGAUAUAGACAAGUUGUUUCAUGUCCGACCAGUUACACAGACAGAUGUAUAUAGAGCAGAUGCUAAAGAAAUUCCAAGGAUAUUAUAGAUUCUGUAUGCCAAUGAAGGAGAAAGUAAGAAGGAACAAGAAUUUCCAGUGGAGCCAGUGGGAGAAAAGUCAAAUUAUAUUUGCCACAAAGGACAUGAAUUUAUUCCUACUCUCUAUCAUUUUCCAACCAACUGUGAGGCUUGUAUGAAGCCAUUGUGGCAUAUGUUCAAACCUCCUCCUGCUUUGGAAUGCCGUCGCUGCCAUAUUAAAUGUCAUAAAGACCACAUGGACAAAAAGGAAGAGAUUAUAGCACCUUGCAAAGUCUACUAUGAUAUUUCAACGGCAAAGAAUCUGUUGGUAUUAGCAAACUCUACAGAAGAGCAGCAAAAGUGGGUUAGUCGGUUGGUGAAAAAGAUACCUAAAAAGCCUCCAGCUCCAGACCCUUUUGCACGGUCAUCUCCUAGAACUUCAAUGAAGAUACAACAGAACCAGUCUAUUAGACGGCCAAGUCGACAGCUUGCCCCGAAUAAACCAAGCUAACUGCCUUCUAUGAAUGCAGUCAUUAUUCAAGGUGAUCCUAUUCUUCCAGUUAAAACAAGACUGAAAUAUGAUGGCCCAAAAUUUAUUGAAAAGCUGUAUUUUCCUGAGAGACUGAUACACACACAUACAUAUUCCCUUUAUUCCUGCAAUAUAAAUUAUAAAUCUUGGAGAGAUUUUUCUAGGCUCCUUUGGAACAACAGGUUGAACCAGCGGAGAUUGGUUAAUAGAGUAAAAACAUCAUACGCAACUCUUCCAAAAGCUCCAUAAAGCUCUCUUGGCGGUCACUCACACCCACACUACAUGGCACAGAGGGUUGAGAAGAGUCAAAGGAGUCAUCUGUUCAGCUUCAGCAGAGAGGUUUCACCAGCAUGUUCGCCGGAAGAAUCGGAACGGAUUUCACUACAGUGAUAUAGACUGCAUCUUUAAGAAGUGACCAUUAUACUGUGUGUGUGUGUGUGUGUGUGUGUGUGUACAUAUACAUGUACACACCCAUAUAUAGUACUGUAAUACUGCAAGAGGGUUUUUUAACUUCCCACUUUAUUUUUUAUACUCAUUAAUCAGAUAUCAUUACUUACUACAGUUGCAACUAUGCACUUGUAUAAAGCCAUAACAUUGGGGUUAUAGCACUCAUUUGUGUGGACCUGAUGGAGCUGCAUGUUCAUGUUGCUGUAACAGAAACUUUGAACUUAAUUAUAUCGGUUUCCUAAUGCUUCAUGAUAGGCAACUUUAUCCAUUUUGAAUGCCUUAAUUUAAUUUUUUCCAAGUCUCAGCCCUUUUCUGUAUUAAAAACAAGUGUUUACCAACUCUUAGAAUGCAAAUUUGCUUUGCAGAAGAAGAUAGUGCACUAUUUUUACAUAUAAUAGUUAUCAAUGUCAGCCUAUUUUGAUUGUCUAACAAUUUUUUAAAGUAUGGUGAUAGAAACAAUAAUGGGUAGUAUUAGAACUAAUAUAUCUUGUAUGUAUAUCUAUUAUCCAUCCAAGCCUUUUUACAGACCUCAGUAUUAGUGUGUGACUAUGAAAUGUUUUCUUUGCUUGGAAUUUGCUGACUACCCUAGAUAUGUUUUUAUUUCUGGUAAGGAUAUUUGUGACUAUUUUUACAUUUCACACUCAACAUUCAAAAAUUAUCUCAAAUAUAAAGAAAACUAAAAUAUACUCUAGAUAUAUUUUAAGUAUUGACAUGUGAUCCCUUAUCCACACAAUUGUGUAUGGCAAUAUUUCAGUAUUGGGUUGUGAAAACUGGUGCCUAGGAAGAAGUGGCCUCAAAGGCACUUAACUUUUUAUUUAAAUGCUGUUAAAAUUGCAGCACAUGCAGGACCAUUCCUGCUGCAUUUCUCAUCCCACAGAAGUCUAUGUUUUUUACUGUGACAGUAUGCAUCAGUGAGAAGCAUCAGGUAAAAAAUUGUGUAGUCUUUUAUCAGUCUCAAUAUACAUAAACAUACAGUUUGGUGUGAUACUGAAAUACAGCAUCUGAUAUUUCAAUGAAGGAACUAAGACAUUUUUCAUUGUUCCCUGGGGGGUCAGUGUGGAGAUGUUUAAAGUUAGGUCCCCAGUUAUAGAUACUGUUGUGGAAAUGGAAGAGUGGCCUGUGGCUACCGAUGUCCUGAACCGGAAUCUCGUUCCUCUUCCAGUGUCCGGUCUGCACUCCCUCCUGCUGUCUGUGCUGAAACUAGGCGGCAGGCGGCAGGCGGCAGGCGGCCCCUCACAGGUGUGUGCUGCGGUCCUGGUUUGGGGGCACAGAUUUUUUUUAAAGUAAGAUUUUAAAAUGAAAAAUAUAUAAAAUUUAUAUAGAAUAAAUAUUUCCACUCAUUAGACUUGUUAAAAGGAGACUGAAUUAAUAUUUUAUAUAAAGAUUUUGUUACACUAUGGGAGGUUCUAUCAUAUUAUUCUGAAUUGGAGAGUAUAUAUAUAUAUUUUUAAUAAACUUUAUUAAGGUAAAAUAAUUUGAAGUUUACACAUGAAUAAUUGAAAUAUUUGAGUAAAAAUGGCAAAAGUUUAAAUUUUGAAUGCUGUAUAUAAUAGAGAAUAUGGAGAAUCAUGGUGUGAUGCAACUAUACGAGGAAGAUCAAUGUGACUGUUGGGGGUUGGGGGAAGAUAAUCUAAGGGGUGAACCAAAUCUCUCCCAUGGAGAUUAUUCACAUUAUGUGGUUUGACAUAAGAAUUUAUAAAGCUGUCCAGCUAACAGAAAUGUGCUUAAUAAAAGAUUCUGACCUUGGGUAAGAAUUUGCUUUUUACCCUGUUGCUGGUUUCAUGUACAAACAUGAAUGAUGCAUGCACCUACCCAAAUGUUCUCUUCCCAGCACUCACUCAAUGUGAUACUGACUUGGUGUAACAGCCAGAUUUUGUGCCAGCUUCUCUUUUUCUGGAGGCUCCAAAGCUUCCAAGAUAAAUAAAAGACCAAAAGUUGCUUCUUUCCUCACACCUGAUUUCUCCUAGAGCCAUAAAUACCUCCUAUUGAGAACUAAGAAGUAGUGAAUACUGGGAUUUUCUUAGAGUUUUGUACUUUCGUGGGGAUAAGUGAGACAAGUAGAAGUAAAACUGGUAUUACUGUUGAAAAUUGGUGUGUAGUGAAUUUUUGAAAAGUAUUUAAAUUGUUAUCUAGAAGCAAGAAUUUUUUUUUUUAAAUCUGAACAUUGAAAAUGCUGUAGCCAAAGGAUAAGUGUCCCAGUCAAUCCAAAAUGUAGGUGAGUGUCUACAGCUGGCCUACGCUGGGUACAGGAGUCUGGCUCGCAGGUGCGUUCUGUCUGCCUGGGUCCUGGAGGAGCGCUCGGCGGCCAGACCCCGUUGCAGAAGUGCUGCGGCUGCUGCUAAUCUGGUCUAGGACCCUGGUGGCCACCAGGCCUCGGCACCACGUGCCCUUGUGGAGCUGCUCCAAGAAGCCUGUUUCUAUACUCCGACGGGAGGAAGUCACACGUGAGCUGCUCCGCCUGCACUGACACUGCUACUGACUCCCGUCCUCCGGGUAGGCUUCAGCUUCCGCAGGUGGGGAGAUGCCGCGGCUGUUCGUUCGGGAAGCACUUUGAGGAGUGGCGCUGUGUGACAGUGCCGGGUGUUAAGCUGGGGGGACGUCACGUCGGCUCCUUGGUUCCCUUCCCCAUAAUGAGUUUUGUUUGAAGUUGUACUAAGUUGAACUGCAUGGUUUAGAUAAUCAAAUAUUUGAUCAGCUGUCCCCUUUGAACAAAAAUCAUAUCCCCCUGAUUUUCUUUCUUUUAAAUUUGCUGCAUCUUUGUAGUAAUGUAAUUGUAUUUUAUGCCUGCUUUUUAUAUUAAAAAAUAAAUAAUUAAGACAUAA